CACAUGUGGGAGGGAGGACGACCUGCGUUUUGCUGCGCUUGAGAAAGAUGAAGACAGCAGGGGCAUUCUUUCUUGCUUCCAUCUACUUGAUAUCACCUUGCAGAAAAGAAGGACGUUCUUGCUGUGAAGAGCCUUCCAUUCCCUAAAAACAAGGCAGUAGAAAACGGUUUGCACAGAACAGAAAAUGAAAUUUGGAGAAACCUUGAAGUCGUCCCUUAUCAGGGAUUACGCUUACUACUACAUCCGCUACGACGAAUUGAAAUACUCGCUUAAAAAGGGUUUGGAUUCAAACCACGGGCAGUGGAACAAUGUCUUGGAGGAACAGUUUGUCGACACCCUGGAGCAAGAGUUGGAAAAGGUGUACAACUUUUUCCGGUUGAAGCACAAAGAGAUUCUGAGAAGAGUCAAGGAGGUCGAAACUUUGGUUGAGAAAACGGUCCAGGCAUCUAAGAAUGCCGUCGAUCUUGAGGAUUUGCAGUACUUCGAACAGGAUUUCCAAGACUUGGAAGAGGAAUUGUCCGAUAUCAUCGCCGAUGUGCACGACUUGAACACAUUCACCAGAUUGAACUACAUUGGUUUCCAAAAGAUUUUAAAGAAGCACGACAAGCUGACGAAGUUCAUCUUGAAGCCGAUUUUCCAAGCCAGAUUGAACUCUAAGUCGUUCAUCAAGGAUAAUUUGGAUGGGUUGAUUGUCAAGCUAUCCAAACUAUAUGACUUGGUCAGAACCAAGGGUAAUCCAGUCAAGGGUGACUCUUCUGCGGGAGGUAAGAUGCAAAAUUUUGUUAGACAGACCACCAAGUACUGGGUUCAUCCAGACAACAUCACUGAGUUGAAAUUGAUCAUUUUGAAGCAUUUGCCUGUUUUAGUCUUCAACCCAAACAAAGAGUUCGAGACCGAGGACUCUGCCAUCUCUUCUAUCUAUUUUGACGAUAAGGAGUUAGAUUUAUACUAUGGUAGAUUAUUGAAGACUGAGGGUGCCGAAGCAAUCAGAAUCAGAUGGUACGGUGGUAUGUCAACCGACACUUGUUUCAUUGAGAGAAAAACACACAGGGAAGAUUGGACCGGUGAAAAAUCUGUCAAAGCCAGAUUCCCGGUUAAAGAGUCUAAGGUAAACGAUUUCUUAAGCGGUAACUUCACUGCAAAGCAGUUGUUUGAAAAGGCAAGAAAGGAAGGUAAGAAAUCCACCCAAGAAAUUGACUCUUUAGAAAGAUUGGCUCAAGAGGUACAAUACAGAGUUUUGAAAGAUAAGAUGAGACCUGUCAUGAGAACUUUCUACAACAGAACCGCCUUCCAGUUACCGGGUGAUGCAAGAGUUAGAAUUUCUCUUGAUACCGAGUUGACAAUGGUGAGAGAAGACAACUUUGAUGGAAUUGAUAGAACCAAAGGAAACUGGAGAAGGAUGGAUAUUGGUGUUGAUUUCCCAUUCUCACAAUUGCCAGAGUCAGAUGUUGAACGCUUUCCAUACGCAGUCUUAGAGGUCAAGCUUCAAACUCAAAUGGGGCAAGAGCCCCCUCAAUGGGUGAGGGAAAUGGUGUCUUCACAUUUGGUAGAAGCUGUUCCAAAAUUUUCCAAAUUUAUCCAUGGUACUGCAUCCUUAUUACCAGAUAUGGUCACCUUGGUUCCAUUUUGGAUGCCUCAAAUGGAUGUCGACAUUAGAAAGCCGAAGCAAGAUGCGACAUAUGGUAUCAUCAGCAAGCAUAGACUGUUGGAGUCUGGUAAUGGAGUUAUGGAUGAGGAAGAAUUGGUUGGGACAGGGUCCAAUAUUAACGGUGCGUAUGGCUCUGUAUCAAUCAAUGAAUCAAAUAACAGAACAGAAGGUUCCACAAGCUCCUCAACCCAUGAAGGUCUUUUAGCUCCUUUGAUCAACUGGUACAAAGAUAUUGUCAAACCUGAUAACUCUUUCAACAAAGUCCCAGAUGGAACGGUCUUUGAGUCAACCUUCCGUGCUCCCCCUGGAAAAAAGAUUGCUGUGCCAGUCCGUGUUGAACCAAAGGUUUAUUUUGCAACCGAGCGUACAUUCCUUUCGUGGUUAUCCAUCUCGCUCAUAUUUGGUGCAACGGCUCAUACUUUGAUGAACUACGGUGACAUCACCUCUUUGCUUACAGCUGCAUGCUUUUACGUAACAGCAAUCUUGACCAUUCUCUAUUCAUCGGGAGUAUACAUUUUCAGAGUUAUCAGUAUUCGUAAUAAGCGAGCUGCACAAUACGAUGACCAGUUGGGACCAAAAAUGAUAUGUGCAGCAUUGGCUUUAUCUGUUGGUGUAUCUUUCUUCUUCAGAUAUUUAAAAUAGAGGGAAAUACGUUAAGUGGACUCUAUUAUAUAUAAUAAAUUUUAUUUAUACAAUACCUCCGAAAAUAACUGUACUUUUAGCUUUCAAUCAAUAUUCAAUUUUUAUCUUUUCCUCCCUGUAUAGUCAUAACCUUUCUAGCCUC